AUGGCCGAACCAAGAAAAGUGCAGUUUGUCACCCUGUCGGCCUUCGCGGCCGGGGCCGCGUCGGAGUCGAGGAAACGCCGGCUGGAGGACGAGGCCGACUACAACUUGAGCGAAGACGACGAGGUCGAAGCGACGACGGCGGCGGACGGAUUUACGGAGACCGGGACAGGAGGUGCCCCCGGCCGCCUUACCAAAUCCGGGGAGAGGGACAAGGCUGGAGCUGAGAAGAAGGCGACGGUGCGACUCAACCUGCCCCUGAGCGAGCCCGACGACCGCGCCUCUGCUGAGUUCAAUUACGGGGAACUCCUCCACAACCUGCAGGCAAAGAACAAAUCUCCAAGUGUGACUCCAGUCCUCAACCCCAACGACCCCUUCAAUGAUGACGAGAAGGAGCGACUGCAGGUGGAAGCUCUGGCAAAGAAGUUUGAGAAUAAAUAUGGCAACGUGACCAAGAAGAGGAAAGACCGAAUGCAGGAUUUGAUCGAUAUUGGCUUUGGUUACGAUGAGACUGACCCCUUCAUUGACAACUCAGAGGCUUAUGACGAGCUGGUACCCGCUUCUUUGACCACAAAGCUGGGUGGUUUUUACAUCAACACUGGUACACUGCAGUUUCGAGCAGCAUCCGACUCAGAGGGAGAGGACGACAAGAAUGCGAAUGACGACAAUGAGCAGACCAAGACGAGGAAGAAGAAGGAGUUGGCCAACCUGGAAGAGAAGAAGGGAUAUGAGCCGAAACAAGGAGUGGCAGCCGUCAGCCUCCAUCGUCCUGAGAAGAAGAAGCGUAAGAAGCUGAUGAAGGACUCUUUGUAUUUAGCGGCCAUGCUGCGCCGCUUCACCAUGGAGAAGGAGCAGAUGAGGAAGAAUAAUGUCAGCGUGGCUCCCACUGGCCUAGCGGGUGGCGUAGCUAACAAGCCGUGCGCCGCAGAUGCGGCCAAGCACUUGCUGGGGUCCGACACCGCCCAACCGCCAAUCAACACCAAUGCGGCCACCAACAGCGACCUCAUGCUUGCGGACCUGACUGGCGAUCCUGCCAUGAUGUCGCUGCUGGGCUCCGCCAAUGAGAAGGAGCUUCAGGACCUCCUCGGCGACCUUGAUUUCGACUUGUUGGACGGUGACCAGCAGCACGCCGUUUCCACGGUCAGAGAGAAUGGCAUUCUGGGAGUCGGUGCGCCGGGCCAAAGAGGAGGAGCAUGUGGAGGUGUCCAAGGGCGAGGCCUGGGGUCUUCCAGUGGACUGUUUUCUCCUCCACCGCUGCCUGGGGGACUGCCGCCGCCUCUCGUCAAACGCAUCGAGGACCUGCGGGCGGCUUCUCGUCAGUUUGAUCAGGAGGGCAGAAAGAAAUUUUUCACCCUGGACAUGAAUAACAUCUUGUUAGACAUCGAGCUACAGGUCCAGAAGCAGCCUCCCGAAGUGCGCUUAGGCAUCUACGCGCACAUGGAGGCCUUUGUGCCGUGUAACAAGGAGGCGCUCCUCAAGCGGCUGAAGAAGCUCAGCGUCAAGAUCCAGGACGACAAGAUGCGGAUGCCGCUGCUGGAGCUGAAGCUGGCCGUGUGCAGCGUGAUGCCCGAGCAGAUCGCCAGGUACAACAUGGACUGCAUGGCCAAGGUGGCAAAGCAGCAGUCAGAGGAGGGGGAAAGGAAUGGAUCAGAGGAGGAGGAUGAGGAGAAACCUGGCAAAAGGGUGAUGGGUCCACGGAAGAAGUUUGUCUGGGAUGACAAGCUCAGGACUCUGCUUUGCACUCUGGUGCAAGUGAAGCUGAGCUGCUAUGACAUGGAAAGCCAAUGUUCCCUGUCUGUAGAGGACUACCUCAAGGCCUUUUUGGAGAAUGAGGUUAAACCACUGUGGCCCAAAGGCUGGAUGCAGGCCAGGAUUCUGUUUAAGGAGAGUGUGUCAGUUCAUAUUCACCUCACUGGAAGCCUAGCCAAGAGGCGAGUGCUGCCUGGGCCCAAGGCCAAAGCUAAGGAGGGCAUGUGGGUCCGCAAACCUCCGUUGCCGGUGCCCCCUGCUCUUUGUGUGCCCUCCUCCUCUACAUCCUCGGUGAUCUCGGCCCGCCCGCCGCCUCUGUCGUCUCCAUCCGAGCUCAUCUGUCUAUCGGACUCUCUAGAUGAGGACCUGAGCGCGCCAUCUCUAGACUCCAUCUCGCACGCGCUGGCCCUCCUCAGCAACGCUGCUAAAGGCCUGGGCCCCUCCGACAGUCCUCUGUCGCCCCCUCCUCCGCAAAUCCCGACCUCCUCCCCGCCCCCUGUCACCCCCCAUUAUCCUGCGCAGGUCACGUGCACCGCCCCCUCCAAGAUGGCGAACACAACGACGGUGGGGAAAAUAAGCACACCCGCCUCGCUUCCCGCUUCUUCUUCUACCUCUUCCAGGGCGCCCUGCAGACCCGUUGACGCUACCUAUAGUCUAGUCAAGGCUACAGGCGCCCCCAGCCAGAGACAAGUUUGCUUGGCAACUGCCAACAACAGGCCCGGCGCGAUCAUCGGGGGCAAGAUGCAUCCGCACCCCGCCCCGUCGCCCCCAAAGCAACGCCCCCCGCCCACAGCUUCACCUCUGAUGCUCCCCCAUCAUCAGAAGGGCCUGCUCGGCACCUCGGCAGGUAGCUUGGGGGUCCCUCAAAGCGUGGUCAAGGGCAACGGGGGCAUCGCACAGUUGUCCUCGCCGUCCUCUCAGUCUCGUCCCGUCCCCUCGCCUCACCCCGCCACGCUGUCGCCCCCCUGUAGCGUGUCAUCGCCGUCGCCCGUCUGCCAGACCGCCCCCUCCUCCCAGGUCAAAGCCCGCUCCCAGCACCCCCCGCCCAACUUCAUCACGCCCAUGCAGGCCACACUUACCAAGCCUGCUCACAGUACAAACUCGUCUCCCAUCAUCAAGCUGACCCCUCGGCCGCCACCACCCACCCCGCCCCCAUCGUCACCAUCCUCUUCGUCCCCCUCCCCUUCCUCCUCGCCAUCGCACCCCCCUGGCCCGAAACACCAGUAUUCCCCCAAAACGUUCCGACCGCCUUUCGGCAUAACGGGUAGUGUUCAAGGGCCCGCGGCGAAGCAGACAGCGGGCUCCUUUACGGGGGCACCCAAACCUCCGCCCACCGCCGGUGCCCACAAUUCACCCGGCAACAACAAGAGCUCCUCAUCUGUCGGUCAUGUUAGCAAAACGCCGCCUCCGUCGCCCUCGGGUUCGGCCAAUCACGGCCAGAGACAGAGGCUGGUGGGUGCAGUCGGGCAGAAUUUGAAGGCGGGAAACGGCUGGUCCGCUUCCGGAGCUUUGGCCACACCCUCCACGACAUCGCACCUCUCACAGGUAUCGGCGGCGGGCACCCCCCUCCUGGGAGGCCCGUCAGCACUGCCCCUGGGCUUCGGAAUGCUGGGCGGGUUGGUGCCCGUCUCGCUUCCCUUCCAGUUCCCACCGCUGCUCAACUUCAGCCCCCCUGGGGCCCCGGGCCCCGCCGGCAUGGGCUCGGCCCCCGGCUCCAACUCAGGAUAUCCCCUAGCACAGAGUGACCUGUUGGAGCUGUACAAGAGUCUCCAAGCCGGGUCGCAGGCCGCUCUACCUCCUCACUUGCAGCUCGCUUUCUCAGACACCAACCAAAGCCAGGGCGGAGACAAGCGCAAGCCGAGCCACUGA